AUGUCUGCGAGCAAGGAGCUUUUCGAACAGGGCCUCAAGAACCGCCGCGAGGUGGUCGGAGAUGUCUAUGUCGACCGCGCACUGAACAAUGGCUCGAGCGAAUUUGCCUUUGCCGGACAGCAACUUACGACGGAAUGGUGCUGGGGAAACAUCUGGUCACGGCCAGGAUUGAGCCGAAAACAGCGAAGCCUUCAGAGUAUGCUCAUCGCUUUGAAGAGCUGGCCCGAGCUAGGCGUGCAUACGAGAGGAGCCAUUCGUAAUGGUGUCACGGAGGUGGAGAUCCGCGAGACCAUUCUCCACGCGACUGUAUAUUGCGGUGUACCCGCCGGUGUGGAGGCUUUCAAAGUCGCCUCUAAGGUCAUUGACGAUAUGGUUUCAGCAGGCGAGCACAAAAGACAGCUGGAAGACUUGUCUCCGGAUGCAGAGGCAUAUGUGCAGAAAGCAUAA